AUGUGUGCUGCUUUCGCUUUCUUCCCCCACGACUCGGUACGUAAGUCUCUGUAUGCCGUUUAAGAUUGCCUAUACAAAGGCCUCCCUCAGAUAUGUUUAAUAGCAUCUGAAUUGAUGAACACAAGCCAGCCUAUCUGGAAUCCCCUUCGUUCUCUUUUUUCCACCAGAUUUUUUGUAGUAGUAGUGGUAGUGACAGUCGUGUUGACUGUUAAUUUAUAGUCACGGCCAAAAUGUGAAACAGUGCGGGUCGGGCUAAGUGUAUAAAAACUCCCGAGAAAUUAUGUAUAGGUUGAAACGUUUUUGGAUAUUUUAGAUGGUCCAGGAUGAAAAAACUACAGCUCAGGAAAUGGCAUCGGUUCAGAAGGAGAAUAGCCAACAGUGCUCCGACUGUUUCAGUCACUACACCUAUUCAUAGAAUUGAGACACGUGCGACAAACAGGUAACAUGGGAGAACAGUUACUUGCUGUCUGAUGAAGACAUGAUUGUAGUGUUGUUGGCGGGAGAGCCAGAGUCAAUUUGCCCGAGACGUGAACGGCCUGAGGGAUCGCAGACCACUAACUCCAUCAAUACGGGAAAUUAACUUGCGAACCUUUGCUGCUGGGAAGGUUCUCGAGACAACUUGAUAAAGGCGUUUUCUUAGGAGUUCACUCGCAGCGUCUUCUUGGAAAGGAACUUCGAGGAACAAAGUUUUCCCAUUUGGCGGUCAAUGUGGUGGGUUUUGCGGAUCGUUCAGCAACUUUCUUUGUAAUGAACCUGUUAGAAUACCAUUUUCAUGAAGCAAGCCCUGCGGUUUUUUCUUAAUUCGGAAAAUGAGUAAUACAUUAAAAAAGGAGGCGUGCACCGGGAGAGGUGUAGUUGAGAUCUGACAUUAACAUUGAUAAGUACUAUAUAUGUGGUAAGUAUUCAGAAUCUUUCCGUUUGAGCGUAAAUAAUUCCAGAUGAUAAUUUUAUUUGGAGAAAAGAACUGAUGAUACUUAGCAGUACGUGCAAGAUUAAGAACUGAGGUGUCCCGCGCUUACCAUUGCAUUUAGAGUGGUCAGAAUGCUUCAAAGUAGUAGGUGGACUAAAAGUAGGAAUGUCUAACAACACAGACAGUAAUCGUUGAAGUGACAACGGUUCAAGACUUCUAUACCCACAGCAUUAUUGGUACGUAAAAUUUCGGCGUUCAUUGGUUAAAACUCCUUUGCCAAAAAUGUUUGGAUGAUUCUAUUUUCCUAAGCUCAGAAAGACGCAGGAGGCUAAGUAAAAACCAGCAGUAAUUAAGGGCACGACUAACGUGCAUUUUGUAAAUGCGCAUUCUGAAAUCACUAAUUUCAAAUUUUCGGAGGGCAAGUUCGGCCGUUCAGUGUGCUAUGAUGAAAAUCCGAGCACAGUAUUUUGAAGGAUUAAGACUCUUGAAGCAUGAUACACCCUGCCCCUCGAUAACUUCAGGCGCAUUUAUGUCGUUAACGUCGAUUCAUAUCUGAGGUUAGUGGUCGUCGCCAACCACCAUAACUGAGCAUGUAUGCCACGAAAGAGAAAGGCGCCAUGCGCAGUGCCACCGGGAAAAGGCGCGCAGGUCGCUCUUUAGGAGUUCGAGCAUAAUGUCGCGAGCCGCCAGCUUAUGUCGAUAUGCAAAUUUCAAAUAAUCGGCAUGCAAUUAUAAACUAAGCCUGGUGCACCACUGAGCAAAAGAUAAAAUUCGAGAGGGCAAAAUGUACGACGUUAAAUGAAUCCAGUACUCACACAUGUGGGUCUGGAGAUAUACUUGGAAAUCCUACUCAGAUGUGUUCGAGCAAUAGCGUAAGAAAAUGUCAAAUUCAGAAGUUUAAAGUCUAUUACGAAGGAGGACAUUCUCAAUAGAAGGAGAGCACGAUCAAAACGAGCAAAAGCCUUAGUGAAGACGAAAUAGACUGUGCAAAGGGCAAAAAUACUAUCCUAAAUUGUAAAACAUGAUCGAAAAAUAGGGCGGGUGGGCCUUACAAGACCGAGCUUUGGAAAAUCCAUGCUGAGCAGCGCUAAGUAUGUUAUUCUCUUUUAGGUGACACAUUAAAUGACCUUUGAUCAAUGUCUCCAAGAUUUCCGAAAUUGCUACGAAGCUAGUUGUUUUCUGAAGGUUGUCUGAUGAUGUACAUCAGCCGUGCUUGCGAACAGGCAGAAUGUGUGUCUUCCUCCACAAAAUGGGGUUGAUUUUACUUUCGAUGACAGGAUAAACAGUAUGCGCAGGAGAGACGGAACAAUUGUAUGUGUCUGUUAUUAAAGUGGCCUCAUUGACGACGCCAAACUCUGGGUUAUGAGAUUGGCAGGAUAAAAGAUUUGUUAAAUUUGCGCCUCGGAGGGUGAAGGUUAUAUUUUAGGGAAUGACGUUGACCCGCACCUGUAUAUUCCGAAUCAGAAUGGUCAAAUCUUUAAGAAAGGGCUUGAACAAGAAAGCGCCAUUUCACAUCGCGACCACACGAUCUAUCGAUUUCAGUACCUUUUGUAUAACCACCAUACACUGUCUCUCAACCUUCCCACAACGAUGACCCUUACCAAGCACGACGCGCCUCAUUUCGUUGUGGUUGACGCAUCCACUUUCCAGACAAACUCGGAAAUUUUGUAAUUCAAUUUUCGACAGUUUUUUCUGUAAACGUUCUUUUUGAAAUAUAGGAACCCUGAUGUGAGAGUUGUAUAUGUCCGCGUACAUUUUGAAUGCAUGCGUUCCCUUUUUCUAAAAGAGCUUUCUUUCACAACCUUUAAGUUUAAAUGUGCUAAAAGACACACAACAAUCAGCUAAGAAUACACUAGCGCGUGUUCAGAUUUUUCAGCUGCUUGGUAGUAGGUGUACUGCCUCUGUAUCUCGAAAUCGUUUUUUUAUUCGCAUUUGUUCCCUAUACGCAUCUUGUAGGACGUGAAUUUUUUUGACCAUCAAUCGUUAUUAACAGGAAUUAGCUGGUGGUCUUCUGAUUUACAUCGUCUAUACAUAUAUAACUCCCGCACAUUAUAAUAUAUAUCACGACUUGGUACCGGAGAGCACUUUACUUCUAGUGAGUCUGUACAGAAUCUUGCGUUUGUCAUUUCCACAUUUCUCUUCGUGCUCGAGCUAAUCCUUUUUUGUCAAAACUGUUUUUUUUAGUUUCAAUUAAUUGGAACUAGAACCACUUCCUAGUUAUUAACUGAUUAAUUAGUAAUGCGAGUAAUUGUUUGCGUUCUUAUGUCCGCCAAGGCUGCCGAGUUUAAUAACUUGAACUUAGUGAAUUAUGGUAAAUGAAACAGAAGCUGGUGGGACUGCAUUUGCUUCCCGCAAAAACGACAGUCGUUAUAACGACUUACCUAGGAAACACCAUAUGCUACUCCCGGCUUUUAUCUAGCGCAUAUUCUAGUGUAGAGAUCGACUGUAAAGUGAGUGUUAACGACGAAAUCUAGGAAAGGGGGAAUCAGGAUUAUAACGCGAUUAAUAAGAAGUUUAGGGAUCCUCAGUACUGUCAGACAGUCCGAUAUGGUCAGGGGUGGGGGCAAAAAACGACAAUUAUAAGGUGUCCCCCUGCGCAUUUUUUCGAUGAUUGAGCCACAUCGGGGAUUUACCCCGCCAUAUCCUCCUCUCCAGCCCCUUCAUAGCCCCUCUGCCCCCGCCAUAGUUCCCUCAUGAGGCAGGGCUGUGAGGGGGCCAGAGGGGGCUGGUGAUGGCAGCGAACUUACUGAAAAUCGAAGAUCAAGGCGUUUUAUUACGUAGGGCUAAAAGCGGUGGAUUCGUCUCGCGUGACAAUCCGAAAAAUCAAGGAGUCAUAUGUUGGGUUAAGAUAAGUCAGAUUACUUCGCAAGCAACGCGGUGUCUGUCAAAUUCCAGGAUGACUGCUGGGAUGACAAACCACCAAACACCAAGACUGUCAUCGCCUUAAGCAGGAGCCAGGGAGUUACGGAAUGGCUGGCAACGCUCCAAAUGAUGUAAAGUGUUUGAAGAAAAAAACAGGAUCUCCGGAACAGGCUUAUUUAAAUACUGACGUUGCAAAGAACUUACUCAUCUCUCUAUUGUCAAAGCGUAAAAUGCACUUAAUCGAUCAUAAAUUUAAUUAAAAGUGGUAUGCAUAUCUUCUUCUUCUUCUUCUUCUUCUUCUUCUUCUUCUUCUUCUUCUUCUUCUUCUCCUUUUUCUUCUUCGUCUUCUUCUUCUUCUUCUUCUUCUUCUUCUUCUUCUUCUUAUCUUCUUCUUCAUCUUCUUCUUCUUCUUCUUCUUCAUCAUCAUCUUCUUCUUCCUUAAAUAAUCAACCCGGAUCUCUCAGAUUUGCUUAUCAGAUGUAUAGCGUUUUCUGCGUUUUGGAGGCCUUAAUUUGGCGACGAAAUUCUGCUCUCAAGGAAUUAUUUUUUGAUUCGAUUAGUGAACUGUGCGGACCAGUCUGUAUACGUGUUUUACGGGCACGACUCAUGUAUUGUCCGGCAGCCACGUGAACCUGUACCUGUUGGCGUAAAAACAAGUUAGUCAGACAGAUCCUUAGUGGUGAAGAUGGCUGGCUGAUACGCUUUUGCAGUCGUCAUUGGUGCGACAUUGACUCCGAAAAGUAAAGCAAACUGCAUGACGACCAAACCCUAUUUAAGCAGAAUGCAAAUAUCACUGUCUUCCUAAGAAACGAGAAAUCCUACCUACUCAAGCAGAUAAGCCAGCGCAGCAAGUAACGGAAACCUUCCUGACAGGGCUGGGUUGGGCAAGGUGCAUUUUAGGCGGCCGAUCGAUUUUCGUUGAAUGUGGUCCAUUUGUUGGCCAAAACGUGGCCUUUCUGCCUCCGUUCACUCGGGCAUCAAUGGUCCGAUGGUAGAUCGUCAACGAUGCCUUCAGUUAAGACGCUUACGUGUUGCCAAUCCCGAUUUGUAACAGUAGCCAGCCGUAACCACAACUCUUAAUAUAAGCUGCAAGGCAAACCAUAAUUACAAGCCGUAGUCCGAACUCCCUUCCUGGAAACUCAAUCCAAUAACACUAUUAUUUCCAAAGUCUAAGCGAGGCAGCAGCCGAGGGAAGAUAGCGUUGCAGCGAAGUGGCUGGUUGACCAACUACUUAACGCACAACAUCUGACUGUCCAUACACGUUCGUUAAGUAGUUGGAGUCAUCAAACCACAAAAUAACUGCCACCACGGAAUGCGCCAAUAACUGCUCUCGGAGUCUCAGACAAUGCGACAGAUGAUCAUUUACUCGAACUGAUUGAGUAGCGUCGGCGGAAAUGCCUGUUGAUAUGUGAGGUCAGGUGUAAGGAUUGAGGUCGAACGAGCCUACAGAGUACUGCUAGGCGUAGUGAAUCAGGUUUUUGUCGUCUAAGCGACGACUUCAGAAAGUAUUCGUAGAAAGGUUCCUUCAUCAGGCGUGUCCGUUUUCCAAUCACAUAAGGGCGAAUUUCUUCUUAGGAUUCAUUUCCGGAAAGGCUGCUGCAUACUGCACUAUAACAGUUGGCGUUUAGCUGAAGGCCACAACGUAGUGAUAUGCCGUAUUCAGGAACUUGCAAUUUACAGCCGUUUGGAGAGAGAUUGGUCACUGUAUUUGAGUUUUUGGGGAAGUUCAGAUGGAUAAACACUUGCUGGUCGGCCAUAUUAUAACACCUGACUCUGAAAGCAAUGGCACUAAAUCAUGGAUAGCAGCGAACCGUGUUGAUUCUUCAAUCUCGCUCAUAAAGAAGUUGGUCUGGACUGGGGCCGCCGUCGUCACUAGUGAGUAAGAAGACUACCGUUUGCUUCGAACGUAAGGUCAAACACACGCCACCGUCAAUCAUCCAAAGAGCGUUGCUGUCCCUAUCGCCCGAAAAGACAAAACGUUGUUCGAAGAGUACUAAAGUUAAUUCAAACAAAUGCUUAAAAGGUGGUUGAUGGAACAAAUAAUCCUAGGGCGAAUCUCAACGAAGCGCACUGAUGCUAAGGAUAUUACGUGAAGAAAAAAGAAGAAUGAUAUUUUACUUUUGUAGACGCGCUAUGUAAACCACAGUAAAUGUGCUGUUAUUCUUAUAUUUGACAGUUAGAUUAUCCCCGGGGGUGUUGCACCACCGGAUUAAAGAGUUGA